AUGACUAAAUCGAGAAAAGAAUUGUCAACAUUAAUGGAUAAAGAUAAACCACGAAUCUCAUUUACACCUAAAAUAAAUCAUUCAUUUAACAAUUGUGGGAAAAACAGUGUUAUUUCUGGUUUAAAAAAAUUAUGGAGAGCAUUAGAUGACGAAAGAAUUGAUAGCAGGGAGUUUAUUGACAAAAGCAUGGUCGUCAUGCAUGAAUUUUUGGAUGAUUUUUUUAUUGACAAGGACCGAAUAAAACCGAAAGAUUUUACAGUCAUCUACAAAAAUGAUGAAGCUAUAGAUAUAGAAUUUGAAACAAAGUGCCAAAAAUGUCCAUUAAAUCUGAUUGAAACAAUUAAUCAUCCAUGCAACCAUGCUGAUUCAUGUCUGCCAUGUUCACAAAUAAGCUUUGCUGAAUGCACCAUGUGUGAAAAAGAGGUUGAAAGGAAAGAAAAAAUCUUUUUACCAAGAGAUGAAACA